AUGUUCAGUCGCCCAGCAUCUCCUGCUUCCCGUCGAUCCAGUUCGUUGUCCAAUGUGGGGCAAGUCGGGAUCACCACAACAAUAACGCCACUUUAUGCACGACUUCCAGUGAAGAAAAAGUCACCAAAAUGGAGUCUCAGGUCUAAACCGUUGCCUGUCAACUUGGCUUACCGCCGAAGCCUACUGUGUGCUUUACUCUUGUCCUCUUUGUCAUAUCUAGUUUUUCUGGUUGCAACACAAGCACCUACAUGGGAAUCAGUGAAAUACGACUUUGAAAAAGUCUUUUAUCUGUUCUCAUUUACUUACGGACUCACACCACCCAGAUGGGACAAGCUGGAGAACUCAACGCUUCCCCCAAUGCCAGCAACUCGUGAUUUUACAAUAGACUACAUUGUUUUCGAAAACCGACAUCUUGCUCACCCUGAUGAUGUGAAACUACUUAAAAAUCGUCAUAUUACAGAGCCAUACACAGCAAAGCAAGUUUGCGGACUAGUUGUGCGAUUAGAAACUCCUGAACAGCUUGAAACCGAUAUUUUAUUGUCCUCAGAACCACCGACGCCGCAAACAAGUGCACCUGAUUUGCAUGCAGUUCGCUUUCGGAAACAGGCAAAACUGGGUCUCGGAGAGAACGAUAGAUAUUUCAUCAAUUUUGGGGCCGGAUCGUUAGAAUCUGCCUGGAUUGUGAUGAACUAUCACGCGGGAAUAUGGUCCAUGCAACACACACUUCCAGAUAUUUACGACACCAGCUUCUUGCCGCACUACUACACAUACUGCAAAACCCCGCCAAUAUCCAGCUCAAAAUUGUCCUAUUUUGCUCAGAACCUCUCAGAGUCAGGAAUAAGCUGCACACAAUAUUACCUGAAAAUGCAAAACAACAUUAUAUCUUGCGUGAUUGUCGUAUAUCUGUGCAUGGUCGGUUCAGCUCUGAUCGGGACAUUCGCGAUUGUCUUCCGUACUGUACCUGCUUCAAUGGUAACUGGCGUAUUGCAUGUCACUUCGGGUAUGGCGUACACGCUCAUAUCGCUCGUGGGGGCGAGGUGGACUAAGUGGUUAGAGCACGAAUUUACUGACCAGAAGGUCCACGGUUCGAACCCGACCUUUGCCACUCGACUGCCCCUGUCUAGGCAUGGGCAACCUGACAAUAUUUCAACCCUCGUACCUCCUUCAUGUGAUAUGGCAGCUAGGCGCCGAAAGGGUCCUGCAGCUGAAGGAUUUCAUAUCGCUCGUUCGAACAGUUGUCCUCCUGUCUGGAUUAUUUCUUUCUGGGGGGAUGUACUGGGCUCGAGUUUCUCCCUCAUCAAAGUUCGUCAGGAGUAUAUAUCUCUGAACUUGCCCGGGUUUCAAAUCUGA